AUAAGACCGUCCCCCACUCCGGACCCUCGUCCAGGGUCAGCCCCAUUUCUUCGCUCCUUCUUCUCCCUUCUCUUCCUCCCCUUUCUGCUGCGUGGAUCUCGCGAUCGGAGACGGAGAAGAAGAAGGUAGAUUGAACCCUAACUGACCUCUGCGGUCAUGUCAUCCAGAUCUUUGCCCUACUCCGUGCAAGAUGUUCACUAUGACAACGCCAAGUUCCGCCACCGAUCCCCAUUCAAGGUGAUUACUCAAGCAUUGGUUACCAGCCGCAUCAGAUAUUCUUGCGGUGGCUGUAGCAUAGGAAAAUUCUUAAUGUUAUUAAUGAUCGUGGGUUUGACAUACUUGGUAAUGCAUAGAAGUCCUGAUCAUUCUGCAUCAAAUGUACUUUCGAAUGGAGUUGAAAAUGGUGAACAUAAGUAUGUCAAGGAAGGUGUUAGUAGAAUACGUAGAAUUUGGAGAAAACCUCCAAGGCUUCCUCCACAGCUUCCACCUGAUGAAGAGGGAAAUUUUAGAUCUAGUCCUGAAGAACAGAGGCUCUAUUGGGUUUCUAGGCAACAAAAGGUCAAAGAGGCGUUUAUUCAUGCUUGGUCUGGCUACAGGGACUAUGCAAUGGGUUAUGAUGAACUUAUGCCAUUGAGUCGAAGAGGCACUGAUGGUUUGGGAGGUCUAGGUGCCACCAUCAUAGAUUCCUUGGAUACAGCAAUUAUCAUGGGUGCUGAUGAAAUUGUUAUUGAGGCAAUGUCUUGGAUAGAAAAUAAACUUAUGGAAAGAAUUGAAAAGAAAGGGCAGGUCAACUUAUUUGAGACAACCAUUCGUGUGUUAGGUGGUCUUCUCAGUGCUUAUCACUUGAGCGGGGGGGAUAAUGUAACUACAGGUGACAUUGGGAUACCUAUGACUCUUAAAGGAGUUAAAUCUAAUAUUCUCUUGGAAAUAGCAAAAAACUUAGGUGACAGGCUGUUAUCUGCCUUUACUUCAAGUCCAACGCCAAUUCCUUUCAGUGAUGUUGUUCUCCAUGAUCGUUCUGCCCAUCCUGCUCCUGAUGGGUUAAGCAGUACGUCUGAAGUAUCAACCUUGCAGCUUGAGUUCAAUUACCUCAGUAAAGUUUCUGGUGAUCCCAAGUACGGUUCAGAGGCGAUGAAGGUUUUGGAACAUUUUAGGACUCUUCCCAAGGUGGAAGGACUGGUUCCUAUCUAUAUCAGUCCUCAUUCUGGUCAGUUUAAUGGAGAGAAUAUUCGGCUAGGAUCUCGUGGUGACAGCUACUAUGAAUACUUGAUAAAAGUUUGGAUUCAGCAAAAGAAUAGUGGCAGCCAGCUAAAUUAUUUAUAUGAGAUGUAUGAAGAAGCAAUGAGAGGGGUGAGGCACCUUCUAGUUCGAAGAUCCAUUCCCAAAGGAUUAGUUUUUGUUGGGGAGCUUCCUUAUGGAUCUAACGGUGCUUUUAGCCCUAAAAUGGAUCACCUGGUUUGUUUCCUACCAGGAACCUUGGCUCUUGGUGCAACAAAAGGUAUUACAAGGAAGAAAGCAGUGGAAAGAAAUUUGUUGACCCCAGAGGAUUUGGAGAAUUUGAAGCUUGCUGAAGAUCUAGCAAAAACCUGCUUUGAAAUGUAUGCUGUCACUUCUACAGGUCUUGCUCCUGAAAUUGCUUAUUUCCAUGUUGAGGGUGAUUCUGAAGGGGGUCUCGAUGGUGGUAAUAAGAGCUCUGAGUAUAUAGAUGACAUAUUAAUUAAGCACAAUGAUCGUCACAACCUUUUGCGCCCUGAAACAGUGGAAUCUUUAUUUGUGUUGCAUCGUAUAACUGAAGAUCCAAAAUAUCGAGAAUGGGGUUGGCAGAUCUUUGAGGCCUUUGAAAAAUAUACAAAAGCAGACUCUGGUGGCUACACAUCCCUUGAUGACGUCACAGUAAUACCUCCUCGUAAAAGAGACAAGAUGGAGACAUUCUUCUUAGGUGAAACCUUGAAGUAUCUAUAUUUGCUGUUUGGAGACGAGCAUGUUGUGCCUUUAGAUAAAUUUGUAUUCAACACAGAAGCCCAUCCUCUUCCGAUUAGUUGGUCUAAAUAUUCGGCCUAGAACUCCGCCAGCAACCCUCCUGAGUACAUCUUGAUGAUGCGAGCUCGAGGGACCUGCUUUUAUUGGGUCUCAUGGAAACUCGACGAUUGCCCUGUGCAUUCCCAACAGGAACUAUUUUGGAGCCCGGGCUAUGCAACUUGAGACACUGUGGAGAUGUGUUCCGACGUGAGAUCUCUGUACGCGAAAUACCCGCUGAAAUAGGAUUCUAUAGUAGGUAUUGUGGCAAAUAACCAAUUUUGGUCUUUUCUCUUUAAACCUUGUCAAAUAGCGAGACCGUGUUGUUUCUGUUGAAAUUAGCAGACAGGUCAUUGUUCACAAUUCGUCGCCUUGUUAGGUGCGGUU